CAAAGAUAAAGAAGGCAAAACGGAAUGCAUCUAUCACAUGCUUGCAGAGAACAACAUGUAGCUUGCGAGGCAAACAAAUAUACACGUACAGUACAUAUCAAGAAUACUGUAGUGCCGCCGUGGCAUGAUAGAAAGAAGAGAGCUACUGUAUAUAAUAGGGGCCGCCCUUGCCCUGUACAAGGGGCAUCACCAUUCACCACACCAGCACUAGCACAAAAGGGCGGAAAGGGCACCGGCCAGCUCGAGCAACCACAACGAGCCGCCGACGCCGACGCCGACGCCGUCCGUGGUCUCGCCAUUACUUCCUCGAGCUCUCCAUCCCGGCCGCGGCCAGGACUCCUCCGGUUGCAGCCCUGCUGCAGCUGUCCGACCCCCGUCUCCGGUGCGGCACGAUCCAGUCCAAUGGAACAAGGCACCCCUCCCCGGCUGCUGAACCUCAUCCCGGAUGACAAGGGGUGGCAGGCGAGGGAAGCUCAAGCAGGCCACCGAGGAACAUGGCCACCAUUCGACGCCGAGCACGAGCACGAGCACGAGGAGGACAAGGAGCUGGACCUCAAGCUCGGCCUCCCCGGAGUCCAGCACCAAGGAGAGAGCUGCUCGGCGGUCUCCCUGGCGCGCUUCGCCACGCAUUCAUGCCUCACCAGCACCACCACCGGCGCCAAGAGAGGCUUCUUCGACGCCGUUGGGGCCAAACCACAAGGUUAUGAUCGGAGGCAGCAAGAGGACAGGGAAGGACGUGCACCUGUGCACAGCAGUAGAGACCCCCCGGGGAGAGCUGCUGUUGUUCCGGUAGUCGGCUGGCCUCCAGUCCGAUCCUUCAGGAGAAACCUCACAAAUGGAACUUCAUCUAAGCAACAAUCCCCUGAGCGACAAAACGUCGAGGCCACCGACAGAGCGAAGCCGGUCUGCAAGAAGAAACCGCUCAUCAAGAUCAACAUGGAUGGAAUACCUAUUGGAAGAAAAGUAGACCUCGCAUCAUGUGACAACUACCAUAAGCUGUCGAGUGCCGUCGAAGAGUUGUUCCGAGGCUUUCUUGAAGCCCAGCAGGAUUUAUCUUGUGAUGAAAGCGGAGUGCGAGGAGCAGAAGAGAAAUUAUUUUCAGGGUUGCUGGAUGGAACCGGUGAAUACGCUCUAGUGUACGAAGAUGACGAAGGGGACAGGAUGCUGGUCGGGGACAUACCAUGGAGUGUGUUUGUUUCGACUGCGAAGAGACUGAGGGUCAUGAGGAGGUCAGAGCUUCCCCAACGCAUGACUGGAGCUAACUCAACGAAAGUAGCAGAUUGCUGAAAAUGAGGGUGCAUGCAUUUCCAUGGCACAGACCGCAGUUCAUCACAUUUUUGGAGAUCGCACGUCUUUAGCUCAUAGUGAUGAAUCUAAAAAGGAGGAAAAAAACAUCUCGUAGUUGCAGCUACAGUGGGCACACUGCAUAUCUUGUAAAUUACCCUACUCUUUGUUUGAAUGUAGUGUUGGUCAUUGCAAUAGUACAUGUUGUAGGUUUAUUAAAAA